AUGAAGUUCGUUACGGUGUUGGUGGUGCUUGGUGUAGCGGUGCAACUGGCUACUGGUGCACCCGCGAACGUGGAACAAUUGCCAACCGAGCUGAAUAAGAAGGAGCUGCGACCGGCGACGGAAGUGAAACCGGUGGAAAGUGUGGAUGUGACGAAUGCCCAGACGGAUACUGUGGCCGCUGCAGCAGAACCAGAGCAGGAUGCAGCAGUUGCGGAUGUCCUGGAUGAUGGAAGCCAAGUGAGCAACUACGUGCAGGAGGAUGCGGCCGAUGGUGAGGCUGACGAAGGAGAUGAUGGCGUUAUGCGGACGGUUUGCGAUCAGGACCAGGAUGCUGAGAGUAGUGCAGUGGACAGUGCGGUGGCGUUCGAGCGAUCCUACGGUGGUCAUCAUGGAGGUCACGGGUACGGACAUCAUGGGCACAUGGAACAUGGCGGAUACGGUCACGAGCACAAGGGCCAUGGUGGACACAUGGAGCACGGUGGACACGAACACAAGGGCUACGGACACGAGCAUAAGGGACACGGUCAUGAGCAUAAGGGAUACGGACAUGGUCACGAGCACAAGGGCUAUGGACACGAGCACAAGGGCUAUGGACACGAGCAUAAGGGACACGGCCAUGAGCAUAAGGGGUAUGGACAUGGGGGUCAUGAGCAUAAGGGAUAUGGCCACGAACACAAGGGCUAUGGUCAUGAGCACAAGGGACACGGCCACGAGCACAAAGGUUAUGGACACGGUGGCCAUGAACAUAAGGGAUACGGUCACGAGCACAAGGGCUAUGGCCACGAGCACAAGGGACACGGCCACGAGCAUAAGGGCUAUGGCCACGAGCAUAAGGGUUAUGGGCACGAGCAUAAGGGAUACGGACAUGGCGGUCACGAGCACAAGGGAUAUGGCCACGAACACAAGGGAUAUGGCCACGAGCAUAAGGGACAUGGACACGAGCAUAAGGGAUACGGCCAUGAGCAUAAGGGAUACGGACACGGAGGUCAUGAGCAUAAGGGAUACGGACACGGUGGCCACGAACAUAAGGGAUACGGACACGAGCACAAGGGCUACGGACACGAGCACAAGGGACACGGCCAUGAGCAUAAGGGGUAUGGCCACGAGCACAAGGGUUACGGACAUGAGCACAAGGGAUACGGACACGCUCACGAACACAAGGGCCACGAAGCUCACGGAUAUGGCCACGGUCAUGGACAUGAGGCCCACGGUUACGGACACGAAGCACAUGGACACCAUGGUGGAUACGAGCACAAGAAGAUGCACUACCGGUCCGCUACCUACACGGCCCCGGUCGCUCAUCAUGAGCCAUCGCACGGUGGUUACGGUGGCCACGCAGCUCCAGUGAAGUGCGGCUCGCACCUGCUCGUCGGUUGCGCCCCAUCGGUCGCAAAGGUACCCUGCCACCCAGUGCAUGACCACGGCUACGGACACCACGGCGGCUACGGUGGACACGAAGCUGCCUCGGAGUUGUCGUUCCGCUUUGCUGCUCCAGAGCCUGAACAGAUGCAGGAUGCAACGGAAUAA